AUGAACACCCAGCCUCAGACCCGCUCGCCGCCCAGCAGAGCAGUGCCAAUACAUUGCACAGACAACUGGAAGAGGAGGAAGGUUUUGGAACAGAGUCCGGUUUACAGGUCCCUGGCUGGAAGAGGCUGGAUAAAAUACUGCAUUUUUGCAGCGGGGCCUCGACCUGCCCAUCACCAGGGAGGAUUCAGGCCCAUACAGUUUUUCCAGAGGCCUCAGAUACAGCCUCCAAGAGCCACCAUCCAGAACAGCAGCCCUUCCAUCCGUCCUGGUGCGCAGACACCGACCGCGGUGUAUCAAACCAACCAACACAUCAUGAUGGUCAACCACCUGCCCAUGCCCUACCCCAUGCCUCAGGGCCCCCAGUACUGUAUCCCACAGUAUCGGCACAGCGGCCCUCCCUACGUCGGGCCCCCGCAGCAGUAUCCUGUUCAGCCACCAGGACCAGGACCUUUUUAUCCAGGACCAGGUCCUGGAGAAUUCCCCAAUGCCUACGGAACACCUUUCUACCCAAGUCAGCCAGUGUAUCAGUCAGCACCCAUCAUAGUGCCUACACAGCAGCAGCAGCCUCCACCAGCCAAGAGAGAGAAGAAAACGAUCAGAAUCCGGGAUCCAAACCAGGGGGGCAAGGAUAUAACAGAAGAAAUCAUGUCUGGAGGGGGCAGCAGGAACCCAACACCUCCCAUUGUGAGACCCACCUCCACACCUACUCCACCUCAGCAGCUGCCCAGCCAGGUCCCUGAGCACAGCCCUGUGGUUUAUGGGACUGUGGAGAACCCCCCCCUCGCUGCCAGCACCCCCGGCGCUCCCACCAGCAACACCAAGCAAGAAGAGAAGCCAAAACCAGAUCCAGUAUUAAAACCUUCUUCUCCAGUCCUCAGACCAGAACCUAGUGGGGAGAAAAAAGAUCAAGCCGGCCAGACGACCGAGGCAGCCCCAGUGGAAACCCCACCAGAACUUCCUCUUGCUCCAUCACCAACCCCAGCUGCUUCCACUGCAGUUGUUCCUCCUGCUGCUGUUGUCACUGUUUCUAGUAAACCCACGUUCACACCUGACUCAGAGGAGAAAUGUGACCUCCCUUCCCCAGAAGAGGAGGCCAUGCCUGGAUCUGACGCCGCGCCCUGCACGGACACAUCGGACCCUCCUCCAGCAGAAGAGGCUGAUGCUGAGGUGUGCAAGGAGCCUGGCAGUGUAGCACCCAGUGACAGCCCAGGGCCUGGUAGCACUCAUCUAAUUAGUGAAAUGAAUGGAGUUAGUGACAAAGUAACUGCUGCAGAGACCAUAUCAGAUGUAGCCCCGGCAGAAGCUGCGCCAUUGACUGUUGAGUUGGAGACACCAGAAGCUCCUCCAGCAGAAGUGGAGAGCUUGCCACCUUCCAGUGCUCUUCCCACUGCUCCCUCUCCUCCGCCUACCCCACCUCCCACCCCUCCGCCUCCUUCUCCUCCAAUUUCUGUUGCUGCUGCUACUGUUACCACUACAACUCCUUCUCCACCUCCUCUUCCAUCUCCUAGUGCCCUCCCUGUUGUCCAGGGAGAUUUAGAAGGAGAGGAGAGCACAAGAACUACUGUUAAUGAAGAGGUAAAAGAUGCUGAAAAGAAGGAAGAGACAGAAGCAGAUGGAGCACUGGAGGAGAGCACAGAGGCUCAGAGCUUAAACUUGAGCAAGAAUCCUGUCCCAGCCCAAACAACUGUAACUGCACCAAAGACGUGGAAGAAACCAAAAGACCAGACCCAAGCCACUGAGGACGUGACAGAGGCAGAAACAGAGCCUGAAGUAGAAGAGGAACUUUCAGGUGACAAAGUACUUGAAUCUGAGCAGGAGAAAAUGAGCCAGGGGUUGCAACUGGAGAGAGACCCCUUGGAGCUUAAAAAAGUGAAACCUGUGGAAGAGAAUGGGGAGCAGGAAGCAGAACCGGUGCGGAACGGGGCUGAAAGCGUCUCGGAGGGAGAAGGAACUGAGGGGAACUCGGGCUGCACAGAGAGCUCCAGUGAAGGGCCAGCCUGCCAGUACAAACCAGAGCAGUGGAAGCCCCUGGAUCCAGAGGGGAAGAAGCAGUAUGACCGGGAAUUCCUCCUGGAUUUCCAGUUCAUGCCUGCCUGUAUCCAGAAGCCAGAGGGGCUGCCUGCCAUUAGUGAUGUGGUGCUCGACAAGGUGAGAGGAGAGCCAAUAAAACAGGUCAAUCAGCCGAAAUUGCCCCUGAGAACUCUGGACCCUCGGAUACUGCCUCGAGGACCAGACUUCACACCAGCCUUUGCUGAUUUUGGGAGGCAAACCCCUGGUGGAAGAAACGUACCUGGAAGUUUGUUGAAUGUUGGACCGAGGAGAUCUCAGCCAGGCCAGAGGAGAGAGCCCAGGAAGAUCAUCACUGUCUGUGUGAAGGAGGAUGUCCACCUGAAGAAGGCAGAGAACGCCUGGAAGCCAAGUCUGAAGAGAGAAAACCAAACAGAGGACCCAGAAAACGUCAAAACCCAGGAGCUGUUCCGCAAGGUCCGAAGCAUCUUGAACAAGCUGACCCCCCAGAUGUUCAAUCAGCUCAUGAAGCAAGUGACAGACCUGACAGUGGAUACAGAAGAGAGGCUGAAAGGAGUCAUUGACCUGGUCUUCGAGAAGGCCAUCGAUGAGCCCAGCUUCUCAGUGGCCUAUGCCAACAUGUGCAGGUGUCUCGUGACGCUGAAGGUGCCCAUGGCAGACAAACCUGGGAGCACAGUGAAUUUCCGCAAGUUGCUGUUGAAUCGCUGCCAGAAGGAGUUUGAGAAGGACAAGGCUGAUGAUGAUGUCUUUGAAAAGAAGCAGAAGGAGCUUGAAGCUGCUACCACUCCAGAGGAGAAGACGCGGCUCCACGAUGAGCUGGAAGAGGCCAAGGACAAAGCCCGGCGAAGAUCCAUUGGGAAUAUCAAAUUCAUUGGUGAGCUUUUCAAACUGAAGAUGCUGACAGAAGCCAUCAUGCAUGACUGUGUGGUGAAGCUGCUGAAAAACCACGACGAGGAGUCCCUCGAGUGCCUUUGCCGCCUGCUGACCACCAUUGGCAAGGACCUGGACUUUGAGAAAGCAAAGCCUCGCAUGGACCAGUAUUUUAAUCAGAUGGAGAAGAUAGUGAAAGAGAGGAAAACAUCUUCAAGGAUUCGGUUCAUGCUUCAGGAUGUAAUAGACCUAAGGCUGUGCAACUGGGUGUCACGGAGAGCAGACCAGGGCCCAAAAACCAUUGAGCAGAUCCAUAAAGAAGCCAAGAUUGAAGAGCAGGAAGAACAGAGAAAGGUCCAACAACUCAUGACCAAAGAGAAGAGGAGGCCAGGUGUCCAGCGGGUGGAUGAAGGUGGUUGGAAUACUGUGCAGGGGGCAAAGAACAGCAGAGUGCUGGACCCCACCAAGUUCCUUAAAAUCACCAAGCCCACAAUAGAUGAGAAGAUUCAGCUUGUGCCUAAAGCCCAGUUGGGCAGCUGGGGAAAGGGCAGCAGUGGUGGAGCAAAGGCGAGUGAGAUGGACUCCUUACGACCAAGUGCCACUAGUUUGAACAGAUUUUCUGCACUGCAGCCUCCAGUCUCAUCUGUAGCUGCCUCAUCUGCAUCCUCAGACUUAGAUUCUCGCAGGGCCUUAACUAGUCGCGGGAGCACGGGCAGGGAGAAGAAUGACAAACCUCUCCCACCUUCCCUCUCCCGCCCCAACACCUUCCUCCGGGGCAGCAGCAGUAAGGAGCUGCUGCUGGAUAAUCAGGCACAGGAGGAGCAGAGGAGGGAGAUGCUGGAGACAGUGAAGCAGUUGACAGGAGGGAUGGAGAUGGACAGGAACAGCACGGAGGCGGAGAGGAGCAAAGCCAAGGAGUCUGCCAAGCCAGAAGCUCCCCCAGCUCCUGCACAAGAAAAGCCUUCACUAUCAGAAGAGGAAAUAGAGAGAAAAUGCAAAUCUAUCAUUGAUGAGUUCUUGCAUAUUAAUGAUUUUAAGGAGGCGAUGCAGUGCGUGGAGGAGCUGAGUGCCCAGAACCUGCUGCCUGUUUUUGUGCGAGUGGGAGUGGAGUCCACCCUGGAGAGGAGUCAGAUCACCAGGGAUCACAUGGGCCAGUUAUUACACCAGUUGGUGCAGUCAGGAAAGCUGAGCAAGCAGGAUUUCUUCAAGGGUUUUGCAGAUACCUUGGAGAUGGCAGACGACAUGGCUAUAGAUAUACCCCAUAUUUGGUUGUACCUAGCUGAGUUGGUGACCCCCAUGUUAAAAGAAGGAGGAAUCUCUAUGAGAGAACUUAUACAAGAAUUUAGCAAACCUUUGCUUCCUGUGGGAAGAGCCGGCGUCUUGCUUGCUGAAAUCUUGCACCUUCUAUGCAAACAAAUGAGCCAUAAGAAAGUGGGAGCCUUAUGGAGGGAGUCUGGCCUCAGUUGGAAGGACUACUUACCCGAAGGGGAGGAGGUACAUACCUUUCUCAUGGAACAAAAGUUGGACUUCACGGAGUCUGACUGUUCCAGUUCCUCAGAAGCACUUUCAGAGAAAGAACUCUCUGCAGAAGAGCUAAGCAAGCAGCUAGAAAAACUCAUUGUUGAGGACAAGGCGAAUGAUGAACAAAUCUUUGACUGGGUAGAGGCUAAUCUAGAUGAAAGCCAGAUGAGUUCACCUACAUUCCUUAGAGCUUUAAUGACAGCAGUUUGUAAAGCAGCUAUUAUAGCGGACUCUUCCAGCUUCCGUGUGGACACGGCUGUUAUCAAGCAGAGGGUGCCCAUCUUACUCAAGUACCUGGACUCAGACACGGAGAAAGAACUACAAGCACUUUAUGCACUACAAGCAUCAAUAGUAAAACUUGAUCAGCCUCCUAAUUUGUUGCGGAUGUUUUUUGAUUGCCUGUAUGACGAGGAGGUAAUAUCAGAGGAUGCCUUCUACAAGUGGGAAAGCAGCAAGGACCCAGCGGAGCAGAACGGGAAAGGAGUAGCGCUAAAAUCUGUCACGGCGUUCUUCACCUGGCUCCGGGAGGCCGAGGAGGAGUCGGAGGAUAAUUAAAACUUAAAAUACAGGAAAAA